UAUUUUCCUGACCUAUGAUGACGACUCAAGGAGGUUUGCAGCCGACAAGCAAUGAAGCUAAUAUGUGCACCAACGACAAUGGUAGCCAACUUGGUACACGGAUUGUGGACGAGAUUAUGGCCGGGAAGAACGUCUUCUUUGAUCUUCCUGACAAGUUGACUGGUGAGAUAUGGACCUUGAAAUUCCAUUGCAUUGGAGCACAACCUGGAAAAGAAAUUGUCACAGUAAAUAUUGAUAAAGCUUAUGUUGCCUUUUACAACGUGGUGUACAUAAAAUCGAAACUUGGAUAUUCUGGGAGGGACUUCUUGUUUUACAAGAAACGAUGUGGCAUUGAUCGAUCCAGGCUAUUGGCACUUGAUUACAUCCACCAAGAAGAGGCCAUGAUGUCUGAUAACAUGGAUGAGAGAAAAAUAAGUUUUGUGCUCACAAAAGAUCCACCCAGUGAUCUAGAGAUUUAA